AAUUUCUAUAACUAUCACCUCAUAGAAAUCGAGAGCGAAUAAUCUAAUUAUUAAAUAGAAGAAGAGCUUCGCACGCGCUUUCUAACAGGGUGUUUUCAAAUUUCAUGAACAGACCUCAGGUGGCGUUUCGGAUGCCUGGAUCGGUGUUAGUGAUGUGAACAAUCAAGGAAUCAUGGCAUGGUUGGACGGCAGUGAACCAAACUUCAUGAACUGGGAUUACUACCAGAAGAAUUUUCCUGGCAAGAAAUGUGGCGUCAUCUUCACCAACUUCAACUGGAAGUACAAACCAUGCAAUGGAGCAAGAGGGUUCGUCUGUAAGAAACCCCUCAGAGGCAUUACAGAAUACUUGGUAAUCCUUCGUUACGAGAAUAAACUAUGGACGGAUAACCUUUAUUACCCGGGAAGCACUAGGUACCAGGCUCUCAGCAGGCAUAUCCAAGAAGCGUUUCUUGAUGUGUUUGGCGACUACGAUUGGUUUGAGCAAGUAACAUUGGAUCAUUUCAGCAAGGGGGAAGGAGACAAAAUAUUGGCAUAUAUCAAGUUACGUUUCACCCCCGAUGACGAUUCUCCAGCUGACCCGAUCCAGCUUCUGCGAAACUCCAUUCAAGGAAGUGACUCUCCUAAGAGGAGCUCCAUCACUGGGACACUGCACGGGGAAAAGGUGCAGCUUGUUAAUGCUACUAUGAUUGUUGAGGAGCAGACUCCAGGCUCAUGUCCAAGUUACUGCAUGAGCUCGCAGUGCAUGCCCACCGCGUGUAACCCAUGGUGCUGUGAUCCACUUGGUCAGCAGUUUUUCCAAAACUCUUUUGGCACACAGCAGCCACAAGUGCCAUCGCAGCAGCAGCCUGGGUACAACUUGUUUGGUUCUGCUCAACCACAGUACAACCCACCUAAUCAAGUGCCAGCUUAUCCUCCACCAACAACGUAUCAAGUCCCGCAACAAGCGCAGUUCCGACCUCAACAACAGCCGCAGUACCAAGUUCCUCCACGACCACAGCCUUAUCAAUUUCCAGUUCCACCUCCACCACAGCACUACCAGUACCCAAUUCCACCGCGGCCACUCCAGUAUCCGGGGUACCAGCCACAGCCUCCCCCACAACAGUUCCAAAACCCAGUUCUUCGACCACAGCCGUACCCCUACACAGUCCCGGCGCAGCCUCAACAGUAUCGGUACCAGGUUCCACCUCGACCACAAGCACUUCCAUCCCAACAGUAUCUAAUUCUACCACGCCAGCCACAACCGUUGCACCAGGCACCGCAGCCCUACCAAGCCAUCCCAAGACCGGUGUACCCUCAACCUUGGCCUGUUUACCCGCAGCCACAGCUGAUGAUUCAGCAGCCCAUGCCACAGUUCUUCCAAAUGAACCAAAAUACAAAGGACAAGCAAAAGCUUCAGGGCUCCAAGGUAGAACCGGGUCAAGCCAAAUCACCGGUACAGCUACAGGGCAUGGUUUUCAGUUAUCCGUACACAGUACCAGCGCCAGUGCCAGCACCAGUGCCUGCUUACAUUCCACAGCAAUAUUAUCAACCUACAGUGCAACAUCCAAAACAAGCGGCGCACGGUAAAGAGAAGGGCAGCGAGUCACAGACGGAAUCAGAGGGCGAGAAAAGCCACGAAAAGUCUCACGUAAAACCUUUGUCAGCGGCCGUUCCACAGCCGGGUUAUCCCUUUACGGGAUUCCCUCUGCAGCCGUACGUUCCUUCUUAUCCUUACUCCAUGCCCUCCGGUCAGACAGCAUGGAGAGUAAAGAUCUAUCGACCAGUGUUAACCAUUGCUCGUCCACCCCCUCCCCCCACUUUCACGCCAGGAUAUCCAUUACUAAACAUGCAGCAGCCUGGAUACCAGCCCUACCCAAUUCCCGCUCAGCCAUACCGCCCACCACCACCACAACCCGCAUCUCCAGGGCUUCUUCCUAUAGGGCAAAGAAAAGAGUUGCAGCAAGUAAGCCCUCCGCCUCCGCCUUACCCUAUGCAGCCACCUCUGCCAGUAACCCAGUAUCGACCUCCGUAUUCGUAUUUUAAUCGCUAC